GGUGGUGGAGGAGAGUCCCCAUUACCUGUAAAGGGCUUUGAGUGGAGUGUCCAGAAAAGCGCUAUAUAAGUAUUAGCAGUUAUCAUUAUGUAUAUUAGGAUUGGUUUUCUUUGAUUGAUUAGUAACAAAAUCAAAAAGUGCUUUUCAGAAAGUGGGCUGAUGCACUCUAGCACUGAUGCUACAGAGCUGCGCGGGGUUAGACAUCGUGUUUGUCUUCUGUAAGAGCUGUCCAUGUGCCCUCGUGAUGAUUGUGCAUGCGGCCAGGCCUCUAUCUCUGUAUCUCCCCCAGCGGUACACAGGUGUCCCAUGGCAGAAGACAGUGGUUUUACAGAUGUCGGGCCUUCAGAGGAUCCGCCGGGCGUCAGGAACGGAUUCCCCCCGCCGCCGCCGCCUGCCGCGUACCGCUGCACCCUGACGCCCGAGCUGGUGGCCAAGGCCCGGGAGGAGCUGCAGGAGAAGCCGGAGUGGCGGCUGCGCGAUGUGCAGGCCCUGCGGGACAUGGUGCUGAAGGAGCAGCCCCGGCUGAGCACGCGCCUGGACGACGCCUUCCUGCUGCGCUUCCUCCGCGCCCGCAAGUUCGACUACGACCGGGCGCUGCAGCUGCUGCUCAACUACCACGCCAGCCGCCGGCUGUGGCCGGAGGUCUUCCGCGACCUGCGCCCCUCCGCCGUGAGGCACGUGCUGGGCUCGGGCUUCCUCACCGUCCUGCCCCGCCCUGACCCCCAGGGCCGCUUCAUCUUGUGUCUGCAGCCCGGAAAGUGGAAGCCCAGUGACUACCCUUUUGUAGAUAACGUCCGAGCCAUAUACCUCACCCUGGAGAAGCUGAUUCAGCCAGAAGAGACGCAGGUUAACGGAAUCGUGAUCCUCACAGACUACAAUGGGGUCGGCUUGUCACAGGCCUCUAACCUUGGCCCUUUCUUGGCAAAGAAGGUUGUGGGCAUUCUGCAGGAUGGGUUUCCCAUUAGAAUCAAAGCGGUCAACAUCAUAAACGAGCCCAGGAUUUUCAAGGGGAUCUUUGCAAUCAUAAAGCCUUUUCUCAAGGAGAAGAUGGCAGAAAGAUACAUUCUGCAUGGGUCUGACCUGAACUCCCUGCACCGGAGCAUCCCUCGCUCAGUCCUGCCGGAAGAGUACGGUGGCGUAUCCGGGCGGCUGGACUCUAGUGUCUGGGCCAGAACACUGUUGGACUCGGAGGAGGAGUUUGUAGUGGCGUUUUGCCAGCCUGACCCACUGGAGAGCCUUGCUAUCCCUGACUCAGUCCUCUUUGAAGGUGAACUUUCCAGCACCCAGUGUGAGGACUCCUACAGGGGUGUCCGCUCCCAGUUGUAUUACUGUUACUGACGUGAUUGCUGACCCUUGACCCAACGACCCUUGACCCAACCACCCUUGGGGUACUGUUCUCAAGUUGAAACACAAGCUGCUGGGUCACGACUAACCACGAUGUUUUUAAGUGCCAAUAACACACCGUUUUUCAUGGAUAAAAGCUAAAGGCCACCGCAGCACAAUUUGUUUGCUAUUUUUCCAAAUUCGUUUCUGAAAUAAAACCCCAGUUUAAGUAAAAUUGCUCAGUUCACUUCAUCUUUACUCGUGAAGCUGCUGGGCAGAUCUUAACGAGAAACUCAAAUGAGCAGCUGUGCAAAUGUAACGUAAAUGUCAAAUGCUACAAGGCUUGGAGUAAGGGUACAGGUUUUAAUUAAAAACAUGGCACACAGCUGGAAGUACCAAACACUGAAAAAUAUAAGCUGUGCAGCUUCCGUUUUUAGAUUUUAUUAUGACGGCCAGAAUCAUAUUUUGAAUGUUAUAAGGAAGGAACAUAAUUUGAUUUAUGUUUUCAUAUAUUUGGGGUACGAGUCAUUCAACGGCAGAGUUUUGAUUUGAAAGUCCGGUAUUGUGUACCAAACAUUUGUUAAAUCAGUUAAAUCUGUUCUGUUCUGAAGUAAAAAUGCUUCUUAUGUGAUCUUGAUUUUAGUGUGGCUUCACUCAUAGCAGUAUGCUCCUUUGAUAAAUGUAUGCCUGUGUCCCUAAUGUUAUUUUGUAGCUUAUUUCAAUACAAUCAUUUAUGUAGAAUCAUAAGUCUUUGUAAUAAUAAGUCCAUUUAGAAAGCUCAUGUCCUAUAUCAUAUUGUAAGUGUUUGCUAACGUAGAACAGCACUACCCCAGAGCAAUAAUAACAUUGCUUGUUUUUUUUUGUUAAACAUGAAAUUGUAUUUAAAUUAGGGGAUUUAAUCAGUAUUGUGCUGUGAGAUUGUUCAAUAUUCUUAAUGAUUUUUAGAAAUUAAGAUUGUGUGGUUGCCAGGUUAUUUUCUAUGGUGUUGUUUUACCAAAAAUUGAGAACUUCCUCUAUAAGUGCUUUUUCCAAAUUGGGAAUUUCUCACAUUUCUAUUGAGAUGAAUGUGGUAGAAAAGUUUCCUUCGCUGCUGUCCUGCCAAAUUAAUGCUGCUUUGUACAGAGCUGCGACAGCUGGCCUGGUUCUCCAUGAGACCUCGUCACUAUGGCAGCUGCCCUGAAAUUGCGCCAUGAGGAAUUGAAUUGGAAUUGAAAGUUAAGGGAAAGUUAUUCAGUGCAUACUAGGUUGUGCAAACCUGUAUUAACUAGGUCACAGAAUAUGAGACAUUUUUCCAGAAUUGGGUCAACUUUGAGUCAGCUCUCAGUAGUUGAAAAUCUUACAUGCAAGCUAUGAGGCUAAGCUUUAGGGAAGCACAACCUAUACAUAGAUACUACCAUGUGAAGUAAGGUGUUUGGAAGAGCAGGGUUGCCACAAUCAUAAAUGUACACUAUAAAAUUACUUUCAACGAGCUUGGUUCUAGAGGGGUAGAUGGUGUUCACCCUUCAGUAAAUUGAUACUGACAGGUCAAUCUCAAGAGGCUUAUAUGUUCAGCUGUACCUCAGCCACAUGGCUGGUGCUCGCCUGCCCAGAUCCUCCCUACAGGAAAACACACAGGGGUGGUCUUGUAUGUGGAGACUGGAUUAAGUGGGAUUUCAGGCUAGGGAACCCAGCUAAUCUUCUGACCUCACUGUCACUCACAUAAUAGCAGCUGUCUCACCCUGCAACUCACCACUGGCAGCCCCACUGAAGCUCAGCAGGUGGGAGCCUGGCCUGUGCCUGGAUGGGAAACCUCCUGGGAAACUAAGGCUGCUGCUGGAAGAGGUGUCAGUGGGAUCAGUGCUCACCAUGGCAUCUGGGUGGGUCCUAAUGCCCCAGUAUAGUGAUGGGGACACUAUACUGUAUAAAAGAUGCCGUCUUUCAGAUGAAAGAUAUAACCAAGGUGAUGACCCUCCAUGGUUAUUAAAAAUACCAGGGCAUCUUUUUAAAAAAAGAGUAGGGAUGUAACCCUGGUGU